GUUAAAUAGACCAAUAGACGGCAUCCAGCACAGCUUAGAAUCAGCCAAUGGCAUACGACCACGAGUGAACAUAACCUCAUAAUCUGUCCCUGUCCUGCCUGCAACAAUUUCAAUAGGCCCCACACCAUUCCAUUCAAUAUGAUGCCCAUGAGCUCGACUUACGGGCUGCCGCCUCAGACCAUUCCAUUCAAUAUGAUGCCCAUGAGCUCGACUUCCGGGAUGCCGCCUCCCCAUGCGGCCCCUGCUUUGCCACCGCCUGCUUCUACAGUGUCCAACAUAUCAUCAAGGAACAUGAAACCGAAUUAUAAACUGCAAUUUACACUGGCUGGACACAUCAAAGGUGUUUCAUCUGUAAAAUUCAGCCCAAAUGGAGAAUGGCUGGCAAGUGGUUCGGCUGAUAAGUUGAUUAAAAUUUGGGGAGCUUAUGAUGGCAAAUUUGAGAAAACUUUUAAUGGCCAUGAGUUGGGUGUAAGUGAUGUAGCUUGGUCAAGAGACAGUCGUUUGUUAGUCUCAGCUAGUGACGACAAAACUUUAAAGAUCUGGGAACUAGCAUCCGGCCGAUGCCUCAAAACUUUAGAAGGUCAUAACCACUAUGUGUUUUGCUGCAACUUCAAUCCCCAGUCUAAUCUUAUAGUAUCUGGUUCAUUCGAUGAAUCUGUGAAGAUAUGGGAUGUGCGCAAAGGAAAAUGUCUCAAAACUUUGCCGGCUCAUGCUGAUCCUAUUACUUCGGUAGACUUUAACUACGACGGUUCUCUGAUUGUUAGUGGUAGCUUUGAUGGGUUGUUUCGAAUUUGGGACACUGGCUCUGGCAACUGCUUGAAAACAUUGAUCGAGUGUGGGAAUUCCCCAGUUUCCACUGUCAAAUUUUCACCAAAUGGAAAAUAUAUCCUAGCUGCUACUUUAGAUAGCACCAUAAAGUUAUGGGAUUAUGCCAAGGGUAAUUGCGUGAAAACUUACUCUGGUCACAAUAACGAGAAAUAUUGCAUUUUUACAAACUUUGUGAAUGGAAAAUGGAUUGUUUGUGGAUCGGAGGAUAAUAUGGUUUAUAUUUGGAAUUUGCAGACAAAAGAAAUAGUACAGAAAUUAGAGGGUCACACAGACACAGUAAUUGGUACGGCAUGCCACCCAAUGCAAAAUAUAAUCGCAACAUCGGCUUUAGAAAAUGAUGCAACCAUAAAACUGUGGAAAAGUGAUUGUUAAAUUCAAGCUACCAUUUAAGGUUUCUACAAAUUUAUGUUUUUGCUACCAUUUAAGGUUUCUACAAAUUUAUGUUUUUAGUUUUAUAUUUUCUUUUCACCUUAUCGCUUUGCGUUUGUUCAAAAAGCCUACAUUUCUUCAAGUUGGAUCUCAUAUUUUUUAUUUAAAACCCCAAAGUCAAUUGAAAAUACUUUGUUACUACACUACACCCCCUGGAAAAAUUACUGUGCAACUUUUCCACAUUCAUCAUUAUUUCCCUUGACUCUAAGGAAUAGUAUAAAUUGUAUCACCAAUAAAACCUUGGUCUGAGGUUUCCUCAGACCUACAUCAAAAAAUGUUGGCUUUUUGAAUUAACUCAUAUCAGCUCAAACUAGAAUUAAUAAUUUAGAAUAAGAGUUUUUUUAUUUUAUUUAUCACUUCCAAACUGUUGGACACUGAUAACGUUUUGUAGUUUAGUUUUAGUUUUUAGUUUUCAUUUCCCCAGAAAAUGGAGGGUUCAGUUAUAGACGUCAAUACAAAGCCUAAUUUAACUAUUUUUUUGAGUUGCAUUUGAUUAAUUUAAAUUAAUCAGAUAAUACACAUUCAAAAAAUAAAAAACCCUAGGUCGUUUUUACGUCAGAUACUACUAAUAAAAUGGUAUUUUUAUAUUUGAUAUAAUUUUUUGAAUACCUAUGUAGAAACGGUAAAGGCCUGCUCUAUUUCUAUUAAAGAAAUAAAGAUGUUUUAAUAUAUUUUUUUAAAUCUACCAUUUUCUAUUUAAUUUUUUUCAAUUUACUAGCUGAAGUCCAGCAGCUGGACUCAGCCGUAGGGUUUCGAGAAAGCUCAUUAGCAUUUUAGGAUGUCAUUUACAGCUGAUCCGCCCACGUUCUUUAGCCAGUAGCGCGGCAGGAGAAAUUUAUUAAUGUUCUGAGUAAUUUCUAUUUUUAUCGUCAUCCUUUUUUGCUAUUUUUGUUGAUAAUUUUUGUACAUUUCUGGUAUGUGAGAGAACCUUCAAAACUAUUGUAAUCA